CUCCUGUUCGGGUUUGUCAUGUUACCACUGAAGUUACACUUUGAGGGUGUGCGCCCGGUGUGUCUUUGUAUGUGUCCAUUCUCGUCAAAUGGUGCUCGCACAUUUGGAUUUCCUUCAACAAUAGCUCCACGGGUGUCCUCACUACAAUUUAGGCGCUCUUUUAUAUUUUUCCAGACAAUUUGAGGCACAAAAUGAUGUCGGUGGGCAUCGAAUUUGGAUUUUCAAACGAUGAGGUCCUCAACAAUCGUUUUCCUCUCCACCGCGCCUGCAGGGAUGGGGACGUUGGUGCCUUGUGUUCGCUGCUACAGUGCGCCACAAACCAGGCGGACUUGGUCGCUGAAGACUCUUUUUACGGUUGGACACCCAUUCAUUGGGCAGCACAUUUCGGGAAGCUGGAGUGUGUGCGGCGUCUUGUGCAGGUUGGCUGCGAGGUGAACGCAGUGACGACACGCUUUGCCCAGACGCCUGCCCAUAUUGCUGCUUUUGGAGGCCACCCUGAAUGCCUGCUGUGGCUUCUGCAGUCUGGAGCCGACAUCAACAGACAGGAUUACGUGGGUGAGACCCCCACCCACAAGGCAGCUCGGGCAGGUAGUAUGGAGUGCGUCACGGCCCUGCUGCUGCACGGGGCCAAGCCAGAUUUGCGGAAUGCCAACGGUCAGACGGCAGCUGAUCUGGCCCACACGCAGGGCUUCCAGGAAUGCGCCCAUCUCCUCUCCAACGCCCAAAAUCAGUUCAUUCAGCUCAACGGCCUCCACACCAACGGCACCAAUGGCUUCCUGAACGGAGCCCAUCACCCCCACCAAGCUCUCGGGGGCAUAGCCAAUAGAAAGAGGUUGCUUGACUGCGAUGAGAAUAAUCAUUUCAAGAAGGCAAGGACAGGAGAUAUGGACCUUCCCCUGAAAUUGGCCAACGGUGCAGCCGAGGAGAUGGAGAGCAUGCAUGUGGAGGAGCCGGUGCCAGAUGCUAGUUCAGCAGGUGGCGCCACCAUCACCCAAUCUUUGAUGAACGGUCACACGCCACCUCCCCCGAACUCCACCUCCAAUGGGGUCCUUCACACCAACCUACCACCUAAGAACGGACACCUGGCUUCCUCCGACAGUGGCGUAACGCCAACCCACCACCCCAACCCUGCAGACAUGUGCGGCUCCCUGCACCUCACUGGCAGCCCCAGCAGCUGUGUCAGCCACCGUCCGUCCUGGGGUAGCCUUAACGGCACCUUCGCGAGCGAUUUUGGGGAUCACCUGCACUACGGCCACUAUCAUGGUUUCGGGGACACGGCAGAAGACCUUGAGGACGCCAGCAGCCGUGUGGAACACUCCCGCACCAUGAAGGUGGAGCGGAAGUACAACCAGGCACUCCUGAGCACCAUGCAGCUUUACCAUGUAUCAUAGAGGAGGGAUGGACAAGGGAUAAGAUCGUACAUGUGUAUGUGGUGUGUUGUGAGUGUAUGUGUGUGUUUCAUGUCAGUGGUGGCCCAUCACCAUCAGCCUUAACUGUUUAGAACGGUUGCUUUCGCCAUGGCUGGAAUAGGUUACCUUCCCUACUUACCAGCUAUAGUAAACCAAUCAACGGGGGAAAUGGUGCAAUUCAUGAUAACACAAGGGCAGAACUAUUUUACAUUUUUGUAUUUUUGUUUAUGUUGCUUAGAGUAAUAUUUUUUCUGUGUUCUGUAUCCUACAUUUCUUCAAAGUGUGUGUGUGUUUGUUUAACUGAAUUUAAUUGGGAUCCUAUGUGGUCAAGCAUUAACAUGUAAGCAUGUAAUCUAGGGAAAUGAGUGGUGUCAAAUGUUCUUUGAGAAUUUGAAUGUUGUUCAUGAGAAGUAAUUUAAUUUGACUUAUGUUAAAGGAUGUAGUAGUUUUUGUGCCUGUUUUUUUUAUGUAUUGUGGCUCUAAAGCUCCAUUUUUGUACUGUAGUAAAAUUGGUUCAAUUGUUAUGUGCCGAGUGGACAUUAACUGUAAAACAGUUUUUGUGUAAGGGUCAUGUAAAGAAAAAAAACUGCAACAUUGCUUUGUUAUAAAUUACUCUACUUUGUAAUAACAAAA